GUGGAGAUGAUUCAAAGAAUACGUUAAAUACUCAAAGUGCAGAGGAUACAAACCUGCACCAGAUUUCCUUGCAGACAGAUGAGUCGGAACCAGUGUGUGCAAAUCGUACGGGUUCGGGCAGCAUGGACAUACUGCAACAGACUAUUGUCAGUGAGGUGCAGAACGUUUAUACUGAUAUAUCUGAAGAUGGAACCAGCUGCAGUGAACAGACAUGUGAAGCAAAUGGAGAAAUACUGUUAGGACCUGAGCUUUUGGCAGCUGCUAAUGGAGAAAGUCUUUCUGGAAUUUCUUAUUAUUCUACCAGUGGUGUACCAAGCACCACUGAACAAAAGGCUCCACAACCGAAGGCUCCACAAACAGAGAAAGGAGGGAGGAGCCCAUAUAACACGGAAGAAAGCGUCAAAGGAAGUCACACUGAAACUGAAACUGCUAGUAGUUCAGCCAUAGAGCCUGUAGCUUUACAACUCCAUGAAAAGGAAAAACAUCAAAUUAGAUGUAAGAGAGAGGAUCUUCAGGAGACCAGCUCAAAAGCAGAUGAAGGAGUAUAUGUUGGAGUAGGUGUAGCAGAAGGCACUGAAAAAAACAGAGAAGAAGGAAAUAAAAAGACCAAUGUGCUUUCACAGUUUACUGAAAAAGAAGUAGUCCAAACAAAAAGACUAAGAUUAGACCCUCAGGAGACAAGCCAAAAGGCAGCCUCAUAUUCCAGUAGCCAUAAAACCAAGAUUUCAUCUGAUCAAUCACAAUUCAGUCAAGCAUCAGAACAGAAAACAGCCGAGAAAGCAGCUGGGAGAAAGAUGAAAUAUAAGAGAAAUGUGAAAGGGGAAACUCAACUGCAUAUUGCUGCUAUGAGAGGAGAUUUGUCUUUAGUGAAAUCACUAAUAUCAUCUGGAACUUCUGUCAAUGAUCAGGACUAUGCAGGUUGGACAGCAAUCCAUGAAGCAUCCUGUAGGGGAUUUACUGAAGUCAUCUUAGAAUUACUGAAAGCUGGUGCUAAUGUCAACAGCAGAAGUCUGGAUGGUACUUUGCCAAUACAUGAUGCUGUUUCUGGCAAUUAUUUGGAGGCAGCCAGGAUUCUACUGCAGCAUGGAGCAAAUCCCUUUGAGAAGAAUGGUUCGGGGAGCAGUGCUUUGGAUGAAGCUUGUGAUGAUGAGAUGAAAGAACUGCUGAAGUCUUACGGUGCUGUGGAGUCUGUACUUCCUGUUGACACCACCGAAGUUACAACAGAGAGGAGAUACCCUUCUAGGUCAAGAAGACUAAAACGUCCUUAUUAUGACUACUGUGAAAAUGAUGAUGCAGCUUUGGAGCCCCAGUGUGAGAAAUACAGUGUGGAGUCUGUUGCUGCCAUACAAGAUGCAAAAGAGAAGCAAAAAGAACUGUUGCUGUUUGAAUUGAGGACUUCCGAAGAUGCAGAUGUGUAUAUCCAAAAGCUGUCUCAGAUGCAAGAUACUUUGAAUGAAAUGCUUGCAAUUCAGAAAACAGAAAGGGAUACCCUUGCUAAAAAGUACAGGGCUUCUGUGGAAUCUUUUAAAAAAGGAACACUGAGGGAAGAGUUAGCUAACCUAGCCUCUAAGCAAAAUAGUCUGUUGACUGUUGCCCAAACCCAGGAAUUGUUGGUUCAGAAAAUACAAAAUUACAGAAGAACAAAGCAAGUGUUUAGUGCAUCAUGUUCAGAGAAGCAAAUCUCAAACUUAGUUAUUUCUCAUGGAAAAGAUAAACGACAAAGCUCAGCUGCUGAUGAAAUCAUGAGUCCUGAUGCAGUUACAUUUAGUAUGGGGCUUGGUGCCAGCAUGCCUAAUGGAAACAGAGCAGAAGCACAUCUCUGUUUAGAAAACAGAUUUUCAGCUCAGGAAUGCAGCCAGCAUCCACACAUCUGCUUGAAUGAUACAGGAGCAAGCAAAGAAGCAAUUAGAAGCAAAGAGGCUUCUGCUCAUGCUUUGGCGUCCGAAAAUGGGGUAAGAAAGCAUCCCUUCAGCAGCGUGUCAAGGCUGACAAAUGCUGUAGAAGUGGUGACAUUGGCUCUGCAGCCUACUGUUUCCACUGCUAAAACAAAGUGCUCACAGCAAAAAGACAUUGGCUGUGUAGCCUGUGUAGCAACUGCAGAACAAGGGAACAAGUCUUUAAGUUCCACUUCAGUGACCAGUGCAUUAAAUAACAUAGAAGCCCAAAGCAUGGGUGUGAAGAACAGUGUCUGCCAGCCACACAGUGACUGCCAGCAGGUUCUUACACGUGAGUAUCCACGCAGAUAUCAGCAGCAGCAGCAGCAAGCAAUUUCGUCUAAAUCUACCGAGAACUUCCCUAAUACUCUGCAGCAAAUGAUCAUUCGGAAUAACGAGAACUCAUUUAAUGCCAACUUGGUGCUAACAAAUCUUACCUCAACUACAGGUUAUACAGUAAACUUUGGUGAGAAAUCUUCCCAGAGCUAUAGGAAUCAGGAAUGUGGACAAAAAAAAAUGAGGUGUGGAAGAAGAAGAAAGAAAAAGCUUCAGUUGAUAGAUCUACUGGAAUUGGGCAGGAUUAAGCCAGGAGAAAAUGUUUUAGAACUCAAACUGCAGGAGUUUAGUCAUAAAGCCACGCUCUUAAAGAAUGGCAAAAUCAGAACCACUAAGGGACAAAUACUUCAGGAUCCAGUUCAGUGGGUUAAAGGCCUGCUAGGGAGUGGUAUUUCUGUGUCGUGGAAGUAUGUGUGGAGUAAGGUUACGUAUCUUGGGACACAGUUGUCAAAAUUUGUUGUUGAAGAACUGUCAGUUUCUAGUGACCUGGAAUUACUAUCACAAGAAGGAGAGCCUUCAGGACAGAGUUCUCUUGAUCUCUCUAUGCUCUCAGGAAAGAACUUUACCAUGAGGGACCCCAGCAACCACAAUCAGAACCAUUACAGUCUUGGUACUGUCUCCAUUGCUCAGCCUUGUGGAAACUUUGACCUAAGCAAUAUGCAGCCAAAACCCCCAUCCAUGCCACAAACAGAAGCCGUGAAAACAUUUCCAUGUGCUCCAAGGGAAGCAGCUGUUACAAGGGAAUUUGAGA